AUGUUUUUAUCCUCAAACAUCUUUCUAAAUCUCCUACCAUUCGCAGCCUUUAAUACGGCGUCCCCAAUAUCGAGGUCAAGGGACAAGUUUGAUUGGUCUUCCAAGAAGGCAUUAAUCAGAGGUAACAAUGGGAAUAGAAUCACAUUCGGAGACUCUUAUACCUAUGUCCAAGGAACCCACGGGCACCAAAACUACAGCUUUAUCGGUGAUCAAUUCGACUUUGCAUAUGAUGCCCAGACUCUGCUCUCAAAUAAAAUUGUACAAAACCAAACGGCCACAGCAGAGGGAGGCCCGAACUGGGUCGAGUUCCUCACAAAGUGCGGCUUAGAGGAAGGCCUGACGUCGCCACGGAGCUGUAAAAAGCAGCUAUGGGACUUCGCCUUUGCAGGAGCCGACAUUUCUACCGAAUUGUCCGUAACAUGUCCCCAUACACGCGCGACCUUCCACCAGACCAUCCCCAUGAUAAAGACUAAUCAAACUGCCAGCACCCCACUGCACCACAACUUCACCGUCUCGCUCGUCAACCAAGUCACCCAAUUCAAAGACUACGGCACACAGGUGCUCCAAGAAUUCCUGCCCGCGAAGCAAAGCCUCGUGGCAAUCUGGAUAGGAAUCAACGAUGUCGGCGAUAGCUCCAAGUACGCCGUGAACUUCCCGACGUUCUACGCUAAUCUCACACGUACACUGUUCGCCUCCGCAGACCAGCUCUAUGACAUCGGCUACAAAUCCUACCUCAUAAUGAACCUGCCGCCGCUGGAUCGGACACCCGGCAACCAAGCAACGAGCACACCGCAUCCGAAUGCGACGCAAGUGGCGUGGUAUAACGACGCGCUCACCGAGGCCGCGACGAAGUUUGGGAAGGGAAAGGGGGACGUAGAGAUCAGGGUAUUUGAUGCCCACGCCCGGCUGAGUGCGAUCCUGGAUGACCCUGGACGCUAUGGAAUUGUGAAUACGACAAACUUCUGUGCGGGAUACGACCAGCCGGAUAUUGAAACGAACUAUAAAGCGUAUGGGUGUCCGACACCGCUGGAGACGUAUUUCUGGUUUAAUUCAGGACACAUGACGAGCCAUGUGCAUCGUAUUCUGGCUACAGAGCUUGAAGAGUGGUUGCAGAGCUAA